GUAAUCACCAGCCGGCCAAGUUAAUGCAGCUUAUGUUAAUUCCACCACAACAUAACAUUUAAAUCUAUAAAAGCAAAACUGAAAUGAAGAAUCUAAUCAAUUAAACAAAAUCCAAAAUCUGUAAGAAUCAUCAAUUUUCAAUUUGUCCACGAUUUGAGCCUUAGCUAUAUCUAAGUUUCUACCUAACAUCUUUUGCACCUAAAUCAAUGGCGCAGAAUUAGAGACCAAUAAAUGCAUAAACAAAAAACUUUCAAAACCCACACCUGAUUUGAGGGCAAUACAGUGGAACGAAAUAAAUGGAUGACCAUGGAGCCAAAAUUGCAAAUUCAUUUCUGGAGAAUUCAAUCAAAAUUCCUUGAAUAGAUCAAUAAGCAUGAGGCCGCUGACAAGAUUGGUGGCGCCGGGAUCGGAGGUGGCGAUACAGACUCCAGGAAUUUCGGAGGUGGCGAUGCAGACUCCAGGUUACACUUUGACGUUCGAGUGCUUCCACGAGGAUGUCAGCUCCUUUUUUAGGCUUGUCAUGGGCAAAACGGGGAGCUUGAGAAGUUUCAGGAAUGUUGGUGGUGGUGGUGGUGGAAGGGACAGCUGCGAUGGGUUUGGAAAUCUCGUUGGAGAUGUGGAGAUGACUGUGGGGGUGGGAUUUCGGGAAAAAGAAAGGGUAAAUCAGGAAAUGGAGAUUGACGAUCUGGACAAAGGUGGAGCGGUGGGUUUGGGAAUGGAGGUGGUGGCUGCAGAUGUAGCCGCCGCCCAUUGAUAUCUAGAUUAACAUUAGGAAGAAGAUGAUGGCAAAAUAACAAUUUUACCAUCAAAUUUAUUUUCUUUUACAUUUUUAUAUUAAAUUGUGAGUUAGUGCGAUAUAAGUCCUAAAACAUAAUGCCACGUGGACCUUAAAACAUGUGAAGGAAUGCCACAUCGUUUUUUUCUGUUAAAUAACGGAGAGUGGAUUACACUUUCCAUUUUCCGUCCAUAAAAGGGCCUUAAAAUUGGAUUAUUGACAAGUACAGGGAUCCAGACGUGACAAACUUUGGAGGAGGGGUCUCUCGAACAAAACAGAUAAAGUAGAGGGGUCUCCGCAUGGGUUU